CCCACUCUUCGACCGAUGUUGCAUAAACGAUCGUCCUUCUUUUUCCGCACCGCCAUAUUUUGCAAACUAAACGACUAAAAACCUUUGAAAAAAUUGAAAAAUCUCGUUUGAAAACAGUCCGAUUUCUGUAAUAAAAUACUAGUUGGGAAGAACAUUACCUAGUAGUUCUUUUCUGCCCGUUUUUUUGCUAAAAUGGAGGAUACAACUACGUCUAAAGAUCUAGACGCUUGGAUCGACCAGCUUAAUGAUUGCAAGCAACUCUCCGAACCUAUGGUCAAAACUCUAUGUGAAAAGGUAGGCUAGAAACGAUAAUUUCCAGUUAUUCAAAGAUAUUUCUAUUCUUUAUUUAUCUGCGAACGUUUUUGCGUGUUCAAAGUACAGUUUUAAAGGCGAUUAUGCAAUUUUUAGGGCAGUUUAAAAUGUUGAUAUAUUUUUUAGCCGGCCAUGUCGUUGCGACAAACAUAUCCAUGUAGCGAAAAUACAUUGCAAAAUUCAAAGCCUUCUGUCGCGAAUUUGCUGUGUUUUAAUGCAAGAUGUAACCCUUAGAUUGCAUAUAAAUGAAAAAGAUACAAAAAGUACAAAAAAUCAUGGCGUUUAAAUACAUUUUGCAUGAGUAAAAAAAGCGUGAGUUAAAAAAUGGACGCCUUCUGCCUCCCUUGAUGUCAAGCGCAUUCGGACAUAUGUUUUUAACGGUUUAAAUAUGAUGCAUUUUCAAGGCGAUCAAGGAUCUAAGGAAUUUUGUUGCAGUGUCAUUUUUGAUUCUAUGUAGUUUGUAGUCGUUUGUUGUUUAUAUUUGUGGCAAGUUUCCAUAUAUUUUUGCGUCAUUUUGAUGUCAUGUGAUUUUAUUAGGUUGUUUUCUGUGAUUGCCUGCAAACCUAGGAUUAACUGCCAGAUGUCUGGCUGUUUAUAUAUCAGAGAUGAGCCGAUUAAUCAAAAAUAAUCGGCUGAUUAAUCGGCCAUUUUGAAAUAAUCAAUAAUUGGCUGAUUAUUGUAUCAUGAUAGUCAACAAAAUACAUUGACAUUUAGGCCAUUUAUACGAGCAAAAAUAAGCAGCGGCCUAAAUAAGCCGCGGCUUAAUUAAAUAAGUUGUGAACGACUCGUAUAAACAGUCAAUUUGUUUGCAAGCCGCGGCUAAAGUAAGCCCGGGCUUGAAAGCUAGGCCUAAAUUAGCCGCGGCUUAUUGCAAAUUGACUGUAUAUACGAGUCGUUCGCAACUUAUUUAAGCCGCUGCUUAUUUAGGCCGCUGCUUAUAUAAAUGGGCCUAUUUAAGUCCAGUUUAGCCAGACCUAUGUGAUGCUUUAAGCUACGUUUACAAGCUACGAUUUGUUGUGUACGAUUCGUAUGCUGACAUAUUAAAAUGACUGCUGGCACCAUAAUUCAUUGCCAUUUCGUUAAACAGAAAUUUCAAAUGUAGCCAGCUUACGCGUGUUUACUCAAUGACAUACGCCAGAAAACGAAUCGUACACGAUUAAUCGCAGCGUGUAAACGUAGCUUUAGACAGUCAUUGGCAGCAAUUGCUGUUUGUAUAUCCACACCGGGCGAGCUUGAAAAAUAUGCCUGGCCACAGUGGGAAUCGAACCUACAACCUUUGGAAUACUAGCCCAAUGCUCUGCCAACUGAGCUACAGUACGUGGUCAGCUCGCCCGGUGUGGAUGUACACUCAGAAUAACAUCACAAACAUCAUAUUCACCUGAGUACACAACACCAACACAGAAAAAAUCAUAAAUCAAACUCCCUUCUAUUUCCUGAUGAUCAGGCAAAAGAAAUCUUAUCAAAAGAAUCCAAUGUACAAGAAAUGAAAUGUCCGGUAACAGUUUGUGGCGACGUUCACGGCCAGUUUCACGAUCUGAUGGAAUUAUUUCGGAUUGGCGGCAAAUCUCCCGACACAAAUUAUCUGUUCAUGGGAGAUUAUGUUGAUCGAGGUUAUUACUCCGUUGAAACUGUCACCCUAUUGGUUGCAUUAAAGGUAUGUGGGCUUGAACAGUUGUCUGACUUUUGAGCAAUUAGGCCCAGUUUUUUGCGAGCUUAGUAUCGUCCUCCUGACGUUGGUGCAUUGUAGAAUAGUACCUACACUGAACCGCCAUGUUAGAGAUAUCUUUUUCAGGCAGUUCAGACACAAACAACGACCUCCACGUUUGAGAUACUGAGGUACUGUCAAGUAUUUGUGACAGGCAGUUAUUAUGUGAUUCUAGAGACCUGUAGUAUUUUGGAGACCGCUAUUAGGUAUUUGAAGUUAGGGCAUUUUGUGCAUUUAAUUUGAAGCAUGAAUUAGCUACCGUACUUACGUGUUCCAAACUUUGUUGCGAAGUUCAAAAGUUCAUAAUGAGAGUCACAAACCAGUUUGUAAACAACGCAUUUGAUUGGCUUCUUUUACUACAGGGACCAAUCGGGGACUUUGUUUACAAAAUAUGCUUGUGAAUUCCAAUAUGAACUUCCGAACUUUGCAACGAACUUGUGAACUUUGUAACAAAGUUCGGAACAUUUGUGGUCAAAGUUUCGUGAAAUCGACUGUAGUGGUUGAAAACCUUCAAAUGGGAUUUAAAGUUGUGAUUUACUAGCAGCCUGACGUAAGUGUAAAUCUUAAGGUCUCUGGAUGCCAAGUUUGAGGUAGAAAGUAUAAACUAGCCUUUGUUUCUUUUCCUAGCAGUCUUUAGUUUGGCCGACCUUUGAGCAUAAGGGAUUCAUAAUUCCCUCGUGUCCUGCUCUUGGCCUACAUCAAACUUUACUGUGUAUGGUUAGUCAGUCUGAUUGUAAUGAAGAUCUGACUCUAGCACACAGCUACAUUGUUUGUUUGUUUUUCUGACGGUCUGAGUGAAGCGUAGGCUUGUGUCUCAAGUUGUCCCCAACUGUUUGUGGCUGUUGGUAUCAUAAUCAUGGUUAAAAUAACUUAAAUUAAAGACCAAGUAUUGUGGGUUUUAUCUAGGUGCGUUUCCCACACAGAAUUACGAUCCUUCGAGGGAACCACGAGAGUCGGCAGAUCACACAAGUCUAUGGUUUCUAUGACGAAUGUUUACGAAAAUAUGGCAAUGCAAACGUGUGGAAAUAUUUUACAGAUUUAUUUGAUUAUCUACCCCUUACUGCGCUGGUUGACGGCCAGGUAGGACUGAACUUCAAGCAUGGAUAUAUGUACAUGACGCUUAACCUGUUGUGCAAUUCCCCAGGCCCAGUGAGCCCUUCUUUAUUGUUUUAGUCUGUCUAACACAAGACGAGUUUACUCAGAGGGGGGAGCGCUGGUUUUGAAUGGGUUAAUUCUUAUUUCUUUGAUAUGUUUUUGUUUCAGAUAUUCUGUCUUCACGGUGGUUUGUCACCGUCCAUCGAUACUUUGGAUCAUAUACGAGCUCUGGAUAGGAUACAAGAAGUCCCUCAUGAAGUAAGCUUACUUUUAGAAGACAAUUGUCUGCUGGCUACACCCUCAGUAUAAUUCUGUGUACCCACUUGUAAAAUCUGAAACUCGACUGAAAAAUAUGAACCCCCUUGAAAAAUCUGCAUCAUCCUUCAUUUGCCACAUUGCCCCUUAAAACAUUGCACUCUUUGUAUGUCUGAUAAGCCUGAUAUACCCUUUGCUACUUGCCCCAUCCUUAUCUGAAUUAUGUGGAAAAAAUCUGCAUUUCGUAGAGUCAAACUGGAAGCACUCUUCUCAUACAACUGAGGUGAAAUUAUAAACAGACAAUUGCAUAUUGCAUUGGGAUUGAAGUCUGGUCAAGACACAUGCACCCACUAACCACCUGUCUUUUCCCCCCAGGGUCCAAUGUGUGACCUCCUCUGGAGUGACCCUGAUGAUCGUGGCGGGUGGGGUAUCUCACCUCGUGGAGCAGGGUACACAUUUGGUCAAGAUAUAUCAGAACAGUUUAAUCAUACAAAUGGACUGACACUUGUAUCUAGAGCUCACCAGCUGGUUAUGGAGGUAAACUAACUUUAUUUAUACUGGAUAGCUCUAUCAGUUCUUAACUGUUUUUCCUAGAGGUCCAGUAAGGAUCAUCUCUUAUUGAUCCAGUGUUACUACAGGACGAAACCUAAACUAAACUAACUUUAUUUAUACUGGAUAGCUCUAUCAGUUCAAAACUGUUCUUCCUAGAGGCCCAGUAAAGAAUAUCUCUUAUUGAUCCAGUGUUACUGCAGGAGGAAAGCUGUUCUAUCAGUAUCAAACUGUUCUCUCUAAAGGUCUCCAACUGCACUUGACAUUUGUUGGUGUGUACUCAAUGAUUAAAACAUAUCACAACUACCACAUGGUAGGGUUGAGAUAAACUAUGAUAGAAUUCUGCAAUAAUGAGAGUUUACACCAUCAGUUUCAGAAUACAAAUGUGGAGAAGUACAGUGGAACUAACUUUAUUAAUUUUGUUGAGCUCUAUCAGUUCAAAACUAUUCUCCCUAGAGAUCCAGUAAGGGCCAGCUAUUGAAUUUUGAUGUUUAGUUAUAGCAAAAUUUAAGCUUUUGCGGUCGUACUAAUUACUAAAAAAAAACAGAAAAAAACUGGAGUUUUAACUUUUUUUGCCCGUCCACAUUUAAAAAUACGCGUCCAAAUGACAAGUGGACAGGCGAUCUGGCUAAGCCCAUGGACAGCUAGAUAAUUUCUAUCUAAGACAGUUGUUUGUUUUAUGUGAUUUUUUCCAGGGCUAUAACUGGUGUCAUGAUCGUAACGUGGUUACAAUAUUUAGUGCUCCUAAUUAUUGCUAUCGUUGUGGAAAUCAAGCGGCCAUUAUGGAAUUGGACGACUCUCUAAAAUAUUCAUUGUAAGUUGGAGUUAAUUAAUUAUUAGUAUUUAUAGUACAAGUCACAUAUUAUUACUAUCAGCACUGAUGAACAGAAGAUCAUGGCUUACCGUUCGAAAGCAGUGGUGUUUCCACAAACAAAAAGUAAUGUUUUAUCGCUAUGCAAACCUACAAAGAACUUGUUUAUAGUACUGUUCAAAUUUCACCUAUUAAGUCCCAGGGUGGCCCAUUGAAAUUUUGUAAUUUUGGCCGACCUUUGAGCAUAAGGGAUUCAUAAUUCCCUCGUGUCCUGCUCUUGGCCUACAUCAAACUUAGCUGUGUAUGGUUAGUCAGUCUGAUUGUAAUGAAGAUCUGACUCUAGCACACAGCUACAUUCAUUUGUUAGUUUGCGUGUUUGUUUGUUUGUUUGUUUGUUUGUUUGUUUGUUUGUUUGCCUGCCUGCCUGCCUGUCUGAUGUUUUUACCUUUUGUGCUCAUAAUAACCAAUUGCUCUCUGGAUAAAAUACUUGUAUGACCCUGGUUAUGCGUAUCCACCAAAAUCCAAGAUGGAAGAAUGCUCGCUGAUUUGUGAUUUUUCUGUCAAAAUAUCUCAAGAAAUAAUAAAACUACGCAAAAUCGGUAAAGGAGAUUUACAUAUAAUUUUAAAAGUUCUUCCAAAUGAAAUAAUAAAAAAAUACGUUACCAUAUCCCUUUAAUUAAAGAGGAACCCUUGGCCAUGUUGAUAGCCUUCGUUCCUAAGCCUAUUCUAUUUUUUUAGCUUGCAGUUUGAUCCAGCGCCAAGGCGAGGCGAACCACACGUGACUCGACGAACCCCAGACUAUUUCCUCUAGGUUCCUCCCCCAACCACUUUGGAUUUGACAUCAAUAAAGAUAAAACCCCACCUAUUCACGGAAAUUCUUUAAAAACGGAGAACAGACAUGAAAUCUAGAGUAACAAAUUUAUUAAUUUUGACUUCUAGUGGUUCGCAAUUAGUGUGUUUUAGUAAGCAUUUGCAGCGCAGCAGAUGGUGUUUAAUAUGAUUGGGCAGUAGAGCUGUGCAGUUAACCGAAAAAUUCGGUUUUUCCGGUACUUUUUUAGCACCGAAAAAUUAUACGCAAAAGAACAGGUAGUUUCGGUUUUAAUUUCCCGUUUAACGCCCGCCAAACGCCCACCUGAUUGCAGGUUGAAAUGUUUGGAAAAUAACAAGAUACUCUUUGUGCACAAUAUGCACUGUACUAAGUGCUCAAAUAGUUGAUAUUUUAGUUGUAAUAGUUAUUGUUGUGAACUUGAUUUAAUUUUUUUAAAAAACUAACAAAUAUUACAUCUUCAUAAAUAAAUUCCAAUUGUUCUUUUAAAAUAUUCAGAGAUUUAUACAAACUUACAAAGGCAUAAAUUCAUCUAUUUAGUAAAAUGCUCGAAACAUACAUAAAUGAGUUCAUACAUUUGUACUGUUCUUUUUUGAAAAUAACCGAACCGAGGUUUUUCUGUUCCAAAAAACCCGGAACCGAGAUAAAAUUUUUGGAACCGCACAGCUCUAUUGGGCAGUGAGCUCGAUAUAUACUGGAGUAAGAGCUUCGGCCUAUGAGAGAAGUUUGACCUAUUUGAGAAGUGAAGCCAAUAUGGCAGACAUUGACGUCCAAAAUUUGUAACAGUUUUCAUACCAUUUUUCAGAUAGUAUCGCUGACCAAGUUAUCAGUUCAUAAAACCAUGCAUAAUAUUCUUUAAAUCGAAGUCAAAAUACGAAAUUUCAGCACACGCCUUGUAGCCUUGUGUUAACCGCGUAGGCAAAAACUAUAGAAAGGGACUGGCACUGGACGGUCAACUCCGCCAUCUUUGGCUUCACUUUUUGAACUGGAGCAAUCUCGUUCCCCGAGCCUGCGAUCCUCGAGAAGGAACUUGAGGCUCUGGGAUAAUCCGUUUCAGGGAGGAAUCUGAUUGGCCGUUGAUAUGGAAUGCACAGUUCAAUCUUGGCCAGGAUUCCUGGUUUCCGGCAACCGAGGAUCGCAGGCUCGGGGAACGAGAUUGAAACUGGAGUUUUUACUCAGAUGUAUAUAGAACUGACUGGAUAGGGCAAGCAAAUUAAAACAAAUCUCUAUACUUUAUUUAUGUGCCUUCAACUACAAAACUAGGGCAUACAAUUAACAUUAUUUUACAAAUUUGAUAAAUGCACGUUGCAUCACCAUCUGCUGCACGAUGGCACAGAGUAAAUACGAUACAGAGGUCCGACUCAAGCAAAAAUCCGUAACUGCUGCCACGCUAUGUUUCUAGCCAGUGUACUCGCCCCCCCCCCCCCUGAACGCCAAGCCAGCAUUUUGAAUGUUUUCAGGGGGGGCAGUGUCUGUCUUUAUUCUGUGACUGUGGUGCUUAGUAGAACUCGCCAAUACCACUGCUUAUGUGUGUUUAUGCCCACGUUUUUACACUAAUUUGGAUUCGUAGUACUUUGCCAACGCUUCUGGGACAAUGGCCGAGACAAUGACUAGAAGGUAAAUUGAUGAAAUUGCCUCGAAACGCCGUGGACAAAAAAUUUAAAAAUUAUUUGUUUGAAAUGCCAGUCAUGUGGGUUUUUGAACAAGGAACACUUCUUUAGUUUUAAAACGCUGAGCACUGAUUUAUUUACAAUUAUAACUAUGUUUACGAAAGCGCAAAUAUUUGAAAUCAUUACAAACAUUUACGCCGAUUUAUCGGUUAGGUUCAUAUUAACUUUGUUUCAAUAGACAAUGUAAAAUCACAAAAGCUGUAAUUGCUUUGUGUACAUAAGAUGUUGUGAGCCAGCUAAAAAUUCAAUAAAAGAACGUUCCCUUUUAAUAUA